AUGAGAUCACAACAGGAUGGUGAAAUCCUCUUCGAUCCAACUGUCACAGCAAAAACCCAUAUAUCUGAAUGUUUCUGUAUCUUUGUGAACACUGAAUGCCUAGUACAAAUACCUGCAUACAGACUCCAUGCUCCAGGAGCAGGCAGAGGCAAAGAAACUGAACCAAUAACCAUAUAUACCAAUGGCUCUUGUAAAAAUAACGGUAAAUACAAUGCCACCUGCAGUAGUGGGAUAUGGAUUGGAGAAGACCAUCCUAUGAACAGAGCAAUCAGAAUACCCAGAGUAAAACAAUCAAACCAGAUUGGUGAACUAGCAGUGGUCCUAGUUGCCCUGCAAUCUACAAACCCUCUAACCCCAGUAAAAAUUGUAAUGGACUCAAAAUAUGUAAUAAAAGGUGUCACCACUCACCUAAAAGAAUGGGAAGACACUGGAUGGAUUGGAGUCAACAACACCAACAUGUUCAAGGCCAUUGCAUACCAUCUAUGCCGCCACCCCACCCCAACUACCUUCAAAUGGGUAAAAGGACAUCAGGGAAACAUAGGAAAUGAAAAGGCUGACCAGCUUGCACUCACCGGUACUCUAUGUCAAGAACCUGACAAACUCGACACAUAUGUCCCCAGGAAUUUCAACCUACAAGGAGCAAAACUAUUGAUGAUAACACAAAAAUUAGCAUACAAAGUGAUUGCAAACACAGCUAACCUAGAAUAUAAGAAAACAACCUUGAGCCUACUAGAUCUCACUAGAUAUGCCAUAGAGUCACUAACCUCCUCCCUCAAAACAGAUGCCACGAUCUGGAAAGGUUGCAGACAUAAAGACAUCACAAAGAAAAUACAAAUGUUCCUGUACAAAACAUUAAACAACGCAUACCACAUCAGUGACUUCUGGUCCCAAAUACCCACUUAUGAACAUAGAGCAAUAUGCCAAAUGUGUCAAGGGGAGACAGACUCCAUGGAACAUAUCCUUAUAAACUGCAGAGACCCAGUGAGAAAAAUGAUAUGGGACCUAGCCAAAAAGUUAUGGCCAGAUAGACACAGACCUUGGCCAACCCCACACAUAGGCCUCAUCCUAGGAUGUGGUGUUAUCACCCUCCCACAAAGACUGAAUAACAAUAAUGCAAACAACAAUAGAACUCCAACUGGAGCUUCACACCUCCUGAGAAUAUUAAUCUCAGAAUCAGCCCAUCUCAUACGGACAAUGAGAUGUGACAGAACGAUAAACAGCACCACAUACACAGAACUAACUGCUACAAACUGCUGGUAUAACACAAUAAACAAAAGACUGCACCUUGAUAGAGCAAUCGCAAAUAAAGAAAAAAGAAACACAAAAACAGCAAUGACUGUAAAAAACACAUGGUCAAACAUCAUUGACAACAACACGCUUUACACCCAGGAUGACUGGAUGACUAACUUAGAGGUUUUAGUGGGUAUCGGUCUACCUAGGCCCUCGCAGACCGUGGUAACCAGGUAGGAAUAGAGUCCCACACUACUCCAACAAAUCGGAGUGUGCAUAAGUCGCAUUUUCCC